GACGCAUUCAUUGUAUUCAGAUAUUAACUGUGCUGAGUGAACUCUUUCGACACUAUAUAUCUCUACCUGUCACCAUAAUAGCAAGAGUUGUAUAUGUCAGCAAGACUAAAAUAAGGUACACAUGUGUAUGUGGAGGUUUUCAGAUAAAGUAGGUCAAGUCUACUAGCGGACACAUCUAGCAAUUUAAGAGUGGCGCGUGGUUUAGUCAAGGAUCAGCUGACUUGGGCAUGCGGAAGAAGUAGCUUGAAUGACAAACGUGAAGUUGUGGAGAAAAGAAGCAAGAAAAAGUUCACAUAAAGUAUUUGGAUUAUACGUUGGAAGCGCACCUAAGUAGAAGACCGUUUUUAUUGCAACAUUCUGAACUGUCACAACAUUAUGGCAUACAACGAGUCAAUGGUCGUGGUCAGUGGAACGCAAGUUUCUUACAUUGGACACGACUGUGAGGACAUUCCAGGUUUUCUUGGAGAAAGAUUUGGGGGAUUUGCAAGAAGGUUGGAUCUCAGUUUCAACAGAUUAAGGUCACUGGUGGGGCUGAAUGCGUUCAGCGAGCUGGAGGAGCUGAUUGUGGACAACAAUCUUCUGGGAAAUGACCUCCAGUUACCCAGGUUACCCCACCUCCAUACCCUCACACUCAAUAAGAACCAACUCACUGAUAUCGAGGCUCUACUGGAGCAUUUGGCGGAAGUGGUGCCGGCGCUGGGGUACCUAAGCCUGCUGGGAAAUGAGGCCUGCCCCAAUCAGCUGGUGAGCUUGGACAAAGACGAGGGCGACUACCAGAGAUACAGAUACUUUGUGCUACACAAAAUGCCUAACCUGAAGUUCCUGGACACCAGGAAAGUGACCAAAAGAGAGCAGGCGGAAGCCCUGGCCCGGGGGGCCUUCAUGAAGGUGGUCAAGCCCAAGGGUGAAGAGGACUCCAGUGACAGGCCAGAAUGCCAUGCCACUCCUUACACACCUUUGCCCAGAGGAUCCAGAGAUGGCAAGAAUCACAAAGGAGUGUUUGCCAAGUGCCGUUAUGUCUACUACGGGAAGCACUCAGAAGGCAAUCGCUUCAUCCGCAAUGACCAGCUUUGACGGCGAGGCCAGCUCUGACACCUUGUUUUAAAUAGCCAUACAUACAUUCCCACAACUCUCCUUCUAAAUACCCAGAUUGCCAGUCGCAGUGGAGCACGCCAGCUGCCCCACACCACGCAGUCCUCCAGUGCUUUCUGCUGACCGCACCGGCCCUGUCAGCUCCGCUGCCACGUCUUCAUCUGAGCAGUCCCCGCCAGAUUGACAUGAUUGCCUUUAAGCAGAGUCCCCAGCACCACUACUGCCCCCCUACCCCGCCCCCCCCCCCCCCCCAUCCCUCCACUGGCCAGACUGACAGACAGCUCCGGCCAAGUGCCUGCGCUGACAGGAUGAGCGCCAUGAUGGAUUGCCUGGCCCAACCGCUGCUCGCCGUGGGUCAGGGGUCACACCUGAGGCUUCAUUGGGCAUGCGCCAGACGGGCAGGGCCACAGAGAGAGGCCACUCUCAAAGUCAAAGCUAAAGUUAAACCACUCCACACCGUACACACACACACACACACACAGGCAGCAGUGGUGGUGGGGAGUGCCUCUGCUUCACACAUUCCAGUUCCUGUAUGCAUAAUCAAUCUGGGCUUCUGAUGCCAGUGUGCUGGAUUUUGCCAAGUUUCUGUUUUCUGUUUUUGUAAAAUGUUUAUGGUUUCCUUACUGUUUGCUUACAUCUGUAACUGCUGAAUGCAAUCUAUGCACUUUCACAAUGAAAGAUAUUGAAGCAGGUCAUGCAGGCACUAGUUCUAGGCUUUUGAUGGAUUGUGUGGCAUAUGUUUUGAAAAGACAUUUGUAAAUAUAUGAAUCAGGUUUCAACUUUUGAUUGAGCUCUAAUUGUUACUAUUGUGAGAUGGGGAUAUAUGAUUUCUACAUUGCUAUUGAAUAUCUAUAAUGAAUUGAAACCAUGAGCAAACCAAGAUGUUACUGAUAAUGAUUAUUUUUAGGAAAUAUGUAAAAAAAAUCUUAUCUUUCUUUUUCAUAAUUGUAGUAACCAUUCUGGCUCUUUUGUAAACAUGCAGACCUCUGCCAGCAGCAUUGAUGUGUGUGUGUGUGUGUGUGAGUGUGAGUGUGUGUGUGUGUGUGUGUGUGUGUGUGUGAGGGUAAACACUGCUCGACACGAGAGGCAGCUUGUGGAGGAUCUGGCCUGUGUGGCUGGGUGCUGGUGGCCAGGCUGCUGGGAAGUGGUUGUGGAGGUGAGAGGCUGCUGGAAGUGGUUGUGGAGGUGAGAGGCUGCUGGAAAGUGGUUGUGGAGGUGAGAGGCCGCAGCCUGGCAGGGCGGCCCGAUCCGCAGAGCUGAUGCGGGGGAAGAGCCGUCCUCCACAGAGCCUGGAGGAAAGACUUAAUGAGGAGGACUUCCACAGCACGGAGCAGGAAGGUGAGGCAGAGCAUCCGCAUCAGCCGCUUUCAAUGGAGGUGGAGGAAGAGGAGGAGGAGGAAGAGUAGCAUGGGGGAGGACUGAGAGGACCAGGGAUGUGGAUGACUUUUAACAUUUCUCUUCUUUUCUGUUUUUUUUUAAUGCAUCAUUCCAUAACUUCAGCCGAUUUACUUUUCCAUAAACUUCCCAUCGAAAUGUGUUCCUUGGCUUUUGGCUAAUAAAAGAUAUAUGUUUCUUUACAUACCAGUUAGAAGAAUCUUCUGUGCUGUUGAUUGCUGAAAUAAGCCUGGAUUAUAAACCAAAGAACAAUAACCUAUAAAUUGCUCCGUUUAAUAAUUUAUCAUCAUAUCUGUCUACCUCUGUGCUUACAAUGUAAAUAGAGUAACAUUUUAAUAUGCACAUUUUACACAUUCAGUCCAGUAAUGGGGCAAGCCACUGUUGACUUUUCUUAUGCAUUAACUAUGACACAUUUGAACAUUUAGUUUGUCAUUGUAUGCACUCACUCCCAUUCCUGGUGUCAUACAUGUUUGUGUCAUUGUCGAAAUUAUGUGGAUUUUUUUUGUAUCUGUGCUGUGAAGUGACAAAAAUAAAUUUGAUGUCAAUUUAUUCAGUUAUGGUCAAUUUAUGGUGUCUUUU